CUAGCUUCUGGGCCUGAGUAACAGGCAGUUUACUUUGGGAACGCUCUUCAUCCAGAGGUGAAAAUAGUGCCCCCUACCCUAAUGAAGUUAAAGACGAGCUCGCAGCCCGGGAGCUGCCCCUGGACCUCGACUCCUUCAUUUCCUUGACCAGCCAGAUCGAUGAGUGGCUAUGGGAACAUAGGAGGGAGAGGGAGUCUGGUCCCUGUCACUGGUGCUCAUCCUCGAUUUCCACCUUGCCUCCGAAGAAUCCCGGGGAAUCACAGAAGUCCACAUUUCCGAGUGGAUCCGAGUUGUCUUCUCUGGAGGCCAUGCAACUGGGUAGGGCUAGAUUGUCUCCUGCUGAGUGCUCACGCAGACUUAACACCCAGAGGUGUCUGUAUUGUGGAGCUAUGGGACAUUUUUUAUCUACCUGCCCGUUAAGGAACCAAGCUCAUUAAGGAGGUACUGGUACAAGUACGCUGUUUAGCCGUACAGGAAGUUUCCCGUCUUCCAUUUCUCGUACCCCUCUCCAUGCUACCCUGUUGUGGGGUGACCGGUCCAAAUCUCUCCGGGUGCACAUUGAGUUUGGAGCUGACAAGAACUUUAUGGACGCUACCCUGGUGUCAAAGCUGGGAAUCCCCACAAAACCCCUCUCCAUUCCCAUGGAUGUCAGAGCGUUGGAUGGGCGCUUUAUGAGCAAAGUCACCCACACCACGUGUCCCAUUAACCUGAGAGUGUCAGGUAAUCACAGUGAGUUUAUGCAGUUCCUGCCUAUCGAAUCCCCUCAUGCACCCGUGGUUUUGGGGUUUUCCUUGCUCCAGAAGCACAAUCCCCUACUCAACUGGGCUACUGGUUCUAACCUGGGUUUUACCAUGGGCAUUGCCAGAAGUCGGAGCUGCCUGCCCCGUGACGUCUUCCUGUGGGCUUGGGAAAAUCCCCGGAUCUCUCUUCUGUUCCCGCGGAGUACCAGGACCUCCAGGAGGUUUUCAGCAAGGCCCGUGCCAUCUCGCUUCCUCCGCAUCGGCUCUAUGACUGGGCGGCUUUAUUCCCUGUCAGGUCCGGAGACCAAGGCGAUGGAGACGUGUAUUGAGGACUCCCUGGCUGCAGUGGGUAUCUGUCCUUCUGCCUCCCACACCGGUGCAGGGUUCUUCUUUGUGGAGAAGAAGGUCAAAACCCUGCGUCCAUGCAUUGACAACCGGGGCCUGAAUGGCAUCACUGUUAAAAAACGUUACCUGCUUCCACUCAUCGCCUUGGCUUUUGAACCUCUCCAGGGGGCUACCAUCUUCUCCAAGUUGGACAUCCAGAACGCCUACCAUCUGGUACGGAUCCGGGAAGGGGAUGAGUGAAAGACCGUCUUUAACAUGGCUAGUGGGAACUACGAAUACCUGGUGAUGCCGUUCGGACUGACUAACGCUCCUGCUGUGUUCCAGGCCCUGGUAAAUUACGUUCUCCGGGACAUGUUGAACUGAUUCGUAUUUGUAUACUUUGAUGAUAUCCUUGUGUUUUCCCACUCGGCUCAGGAACAUGUCCUCAUUGUCAGACAAUUCCUCCAGCGUCUUCUGGAGAACCAGCUGUUUGUUAACGUCUUGGUUACAUGGGGGCAGUAUUGAGUAGCUUGGAUGAAUAAGGUGCCCAGAGUAGACUGCCUGCUGCUCUGUCCCAGAUGCUAAUAUAUGCGUAUCAUUAGUAGUAUUGGAUAGAAAACACUGAAGAUUCUAAAACUGAUGUCUGUGAGUAUAACAGAACUCAUAUGGCAGGUGAAAACCUGAGAGAAAUCCAACCAGGAAGUGGGAAAUCUGAGGCUUGUAGUUUUUUUAAACUCAGACCCUAUUGUAGAUACAGUGGUUAUGUUGCACUUCCUAAGGCUUCCACUAGAUGUCAACCGUCUUUAGAAACUUGUUUGAGGAUUCUACUAUAAAGGAGGGGCUCAUAACAGCUGUUUGAGUCAGUGGUCUUGCAGAGUGCCUUGGGCUCAUGACACGCGGUCACGAGAGAGUUAGCUCUCGUUCCAUUGCUUUUCUACAGACAAUGGAAUUCUUCGGUUGGAACAUCAUUGAAGAUUUAUGUUAAA